CCAGGGGUGAAAGUUUAGAGUUCAGACGUCCAGCGAACUGUGGUGUCUCAUCGAGAUCUGUACCGGAGUAGAAAGGAGAGAGUUUUGUUUUGCUAAGUAUUUUUUUACGGUUUUAUUUGAUUUUUAAGUUUUCUUUCUAAGUUGCGCGCCCUGUGGCAUAGAGCGAAGAUGCAGGACCUGCUUGCUACUGUUGAUCAUAUUAAAUUCGAUCUGGAGAUUGCUGUGGAGCAGCAGCUGGGAGCACAGCCCCUGCCGUUUCCUGGCAUGGACAAAUCUGGGGCCGCUGUGUGUGAAUUCUUCCUGAAAGCAGCGUGUAUAAAAGGAGGCAUGUGUCCGUUCCGACACAUCAGUGGAGAGAAGACGGUGGUGUGUAAGCACUGGCUGAGGGGGCUGUGUAAGAAAGGAGACCAGUGCGAGUUUCUACAUGAGUAUGAUAUGACCAAGAUGCCAGAGUGUUACUUCUACUCCAAGUUUGGAGAGUGCAGUAAUAAGGAGUGUCCAUUCUUGCACAUUGACCCCGAGUCAAAAAUCAAAGACUGCCCGUGGUACGACCGAGGAUUCUGUAAACAUGGUCCCCUGUGCAGACACAGGCACUCUCGAAGAUAUAUCUGCGUCAAUUACCUGGUCGGGUUCUGUCCUGAAGGGACCUCCUGUAAACAUGUGCAUCCUCGCUUUGAGUUGCCAAUGGGAACAACGGAACAACCGCCGUUACCUCAGCAACCGGCGAUGCAGCAGAAAUCGCGGAACCUUCCGAAUUUUCAGCAGCAAAACGUUACUCCAAUGAUUCAGAGGUCAUCGUCCUCCCUUAUUCAGCUCACAAGCACCAAUGCCACCUCCAACCAACAGAGGGUGCCGCAGGGGUUUGGAGCCAUGCAAUACCAUGGCAACAGCACAGGAAGCAGAGGGCCCAGGCCCCUGGAGCAGGUCACCUGUUACAAGUGCGGUGAGAAGGGGCACUAUGCAAACCGAUGUACCAAAGGACACCUGGCAUUCCUGAGUGGGCAGUAAUUAGUCCUCGCUGGCCUGUGGAACCUGAACUCUGGAAACAGUUACUGGAGCGCAACAUGCUGCCCAGAAACAGUUUCUACAUCAAUCCCAUUUUCAGGGGACCCCUUUUUAUUUCAAAGAGGCAGUGAACCCUUUUUAGUUUCUUGUGUCUGUCCCUGUGAUUAGUUCACAGUCAAACCGUUUUGUCACUUACAAGUUGCCCCCUUUGAAAAAUACCAGCUGCCUGCAGGUAGAGAACAGUAGCGGACUGUCAGGACUCUUGCUUUUUAGUUUGUAAUGGUGGUGGUUGAUGCAGAGUUAGUCUGAAGUCUAUUAGUGGUUGUUAAGAGAAUGCAGGCAUGAGUACGCCAGCCUGAUUCACUUCCAUUGCUAUGCAUCUAGCACACUGCAUGUAUGGAGUAGUGUGGAAGCAUUCUUUCAAGACUUAGGGUGACAAUAAGGAUAACAGGCAGUGUCUUACUAUUUACUGGGAUUUUUCUUAAAGGCUUUGCUUGGUAUUUUAUUACAUUGUUGCAACCCCUGGGGCAUCCAACCUAGAAUCGCAUGCAAUACGUCAAUCUAAAAAAAAAACAACACUUUUUUAUGCUUUUUUACUUUAGUUAUUUUUCAAGACAUGUGCUUCUUUUCUGUUCUGGUAAUUUACUGUGUAUGUUAAAGUAAAGCUAACCCACUAGCCACAAGGCAGGCAAGCAAAACCACAGCCCAGGAAGUACUUGCAGAAUAACAGAAUCGUAUGGCUGCCAUCUGCUCCAUGUCAAUUUUAUUUGUAUUAGUUUUCUUCAUCUAUUUUGGUAUAGCGUCCAGUGCCACCAGUAACUCUAGUUUUUGACUGGGAUUUUAACUUGGCACACAGUGCUGCCUAGUGGGCAAAUGUAGUUAUAGCCAGGAUCCUCAAGUAAAUGUGUUCUGCACUCCCUUGCUGCUCAGCCAUUGGUUAUUGUCUCAGCUUGUGGAAAAGACAAGCUGGUUUGUAUUGGGGUCAUAAACAAGGAGUGUGAACGCAGGUGCAUUUCAGUAACUAUCUCAGCUACUUUUCUUGUAUUCUCAUUAAUGAUUGAUACUACUGAAAAAGGUAACAAAAGAUGUGCAGGAAAAUAAUGUAAUAGAAUACAUGUUACUGCCUGCUUUUCUAUAUUAACUGUUUUUUUAAUUGGCAUCAGAUUAUUGCUUUUUGUUUUUACUGUGUUUUCUCCAAUGCCAGAGCAUGAUCUCUUCAUUUGUAUUCAGUUUAAUACAGUAGCCUGUGUUUCUGAGUGCCAGUUGUAGGUUUGUUUGGUCAUACUAAGCCUAGGCUGAUUCGGUCAAUCUUAAGGAAUGGGUCUUGUAACGUAAGAGCUCCAGUGUUAAAGCACUUGGUCCUUUGACUGUAAGGUUAUCUGGAGACUGGGAUUCCCUGUGAGCCAAUACAGCAUCUUGGACAACAUGCUUCAUGAUUCAUGAGCCAAUGUAAGUUAGCUCAAAAUGAGCAAUAGGAAGUACUGCUCAUGUCCCCCGCAAUGAGCCAAGUCAUAUUGUUCAUGUAUUUGUAGAUAUAAAGAUUAAUACAUUCCAUGAGCUCUGUAAAUGGUGUACCUGAGAGGUUUACAUGUUAGCCGAGACCAAACAGCGUCAAACUCCUUUGCCAGAGCCGAGAGGGCCGUUCAAACUUGCAGGCAGAGUUACUGGCAAACCCAAACGUGGACUGAUGAAAUGUUUGUUCUUUUCAUGUUUUUUUAAUUAAAGAAUAUUGUUCCAAAAUGAGUUCUGUAUUCAUGUUCGUUGUUAAAAUAACCUGCCACCCAUUGUGUUCUUUGUGCCUUAUGUGAUUAAAAAAAAUGUAAUUGACAAAAA